CCUACAAGAGAAUGGCAUCUCACUGACUUCGACAUCGGGCGGCCACUCGGCAAGGGCAAGUUCGGGCGAGUAUACAUGGUCCGGACGAAGACGGAGCCCCACUACAUCCUCGCGCUCAAGUGCCUGUACAAGUCCGAGAUCGUGCAGUCGCGCGUCGAGAAGCAAAUCCGACGCGAAAUUGAAAUCCAACAGAACCUCAGGCACCCGCACGUCCUGCGCCUCUACGGGUACUUCCACGACGAGAAGCGGAUAUUCCUCAUGCUCGAGUUCGCGGGCAAGGGCGAGCUCUACCGCCAGCUUACGAAGUACGGCUCGUUCACGGAGAAGCGGUCCUCGCGGUACAUCGACCAGAUGGCGGACGCGCUCGGCUACCUGCAUGCGAAACACGUUAUCCACCGCGACAUCAAGCCGGAGAACCUGCUCCUGGGCAUCAACGGCGAGCUCAAGAUCGCGGACUUCGGCUGGAGCGUGCACGCACCGGGCAGCCGCCGCAAGACGCUCUGCGGGACGCUCGACUACCUCCCUCCGGAGAUGGUCGAGGGGCGCGAGCACUCGGAGAAGGUCGACCACUGGGCACUGGGUGUACUCACCUACGAGUUCAUUUGUGGCGCCCCACCAUUUGAGGACCUUAGCGGUUACAAUGCCACGUACAAACGUAUCGCACGCGUCGACCUCAAGAUCCCUGCCAAGGUCUCUCCGGAGGCGCGCGAUGUCAUCACGAGGUUGCUUCAAUACGACCCCGAGAAGCGCAUACCGCUUGCCGAGGUGCGGAAACACCCCUGGAUUGUCAAGUACCGAUCCAAGGGCCAUUCCACCGCCGGGAUCUCGUAG